AUGUCAGGCCUUCCGGAGGAGCUUUAUCUUGAAAUAUCAACGUUUGCAUAUUAUCACCCGCUCUACUCCGUAAGUUAUGAUUCAUUAUCGUCAACUUUGAUGAACGGUUUUGAUGCGGAUGUUGUUGAAAUCGACUUCCCUUUCAAGUCUUUAAAGUAUGAUAACCAGUUGUUGUGUUCUUGUAAUGGUCUCCUCCUUUUUUGGAGCGAAGAGUACUACCACUUUUACUUAUGGAAUCCGGUCACUGAGAAAUGUAAGGGGAUACCCGAAUCACAUAAUUGUUACAUAUUUGCUUUUGGUUAUGAUUGCAAGACUAGGAAUUGCAAGUUGGUAAAUGUGGUAGAUUUUGAGGAUACAAAUGUUAAAGACGUCGGGGGAGAAGCAGGUGAAAUGCAGCAAGGCCAAGACGUGAUAAUCUCUUUGGAUAUAAGUGACGAAAGAUUCGAGCAUAUUCAAGUACCAAACAUAGCCUUGGAGAAUGAAGCUUUAGCGAACGAACGCGAUCUUUAUAAGAAUGUGGGAGUGUUGGAAAGGUGCCUUAGUCUAUUUGUUAAUGUUGAUGGAAUAUGUGAAUUAUGGGUCAUGCAAGAUUAUGGAGUACACGAAUCUUGGACAAAACGUUAUAUCAUUAACUUUGAUAACAUUACUACUGGUGCUUGCGAAUAUGUCAGAGUUAUGCGAACCUUUAAAGAUGGUGAAAUUCUACUCAAGCUUGAUGAAAUAGAUGUUCUAGUUGUAUAUGACCCAAAGCAAGGAAGUGCUAGAAAAAAAAAAGUUUGUGGCCUAGAGUUGAGGGAAGCAAUAAAUUAUUUUGAGAGCUUAGUUUCGCGUUAA